AUGAUUUCCUUCUUCAACAGAUUGGGAAACAGAAUGCCAUUUGGUGGAGCCAGUGAAUCUGACCAUGCCCAUGGGUCAUUAAAGACUGAAUCAGACAUUUUGCAGAACACGCUACCUGAAAAUGAGAAAUUUUAUUUUGAUCUGUCCAGAAUUAUUGAUAGAAAUGCAAGGCAUGCUGAUGGAAUUUUCACCAGUGUCUACAGCCAUCUUUUGGCUAAACUUGCUGUGAAGAGAUAUCUGCAUUCGCUUAUUAGAAAACGAGUUAGCUCCCAGGACAGUCCUGUCAAACGCCACUCUGACGCUGUCUUCACUGACAACUACAGCCGCUUUCGAAAGCAAAUGGCUGUGAAGAAAUACUUAAACUCCGUUUUAACUGGGAAAAGAAGCCAGGAAGAGCUAAACCCCGCUAAACUUCAAGAUGAAGCAGAACUUCUUGAACCUUCCUUGUCAGAAAACUAUGAUUCUGUAGAUGAGCUGCUGAGCCACCUCCCACUGGACCUCUGAAAGACAUGUGGUAAAGUCUAUGACAAGAACAAGCUAUUUUUGAGUUCCACAUAGUAUUUCAAAGAGAUGACUUUAGUCAUCAAACCAGAACAAAUAUGUUGUGAAGUGAAAGUUGUGAUAUAUUUGUUUCUUAUGUAAUAAAAGUUGAUAUUUACAUUGUAAAUAUUACUCUAGAGUUCUCUACUGAAAGCUGUACAUAUGGAUGCCAGUUUAACUCAUGAGAAGUCUGUGAGUCCAUAUGCUGUAAAUCCUUUACUUCAAUAAAUUCAUU